CAGCUAUAAGGAGACAAAGGACAUGGUAUAAUAAUAGAGAACAAGUGUCGAGCUUAGCCUAAUUGAUAAAAAGUAGACUCUUCCAGCUCUUAUUCUUCUCUGAAUCAGGAGGUCAUCGAGAGCGAAGAACACUUAAAUGCCUUGGUUUUUCAUAAUAUUCCUUCUUAGUUGCACAUUUAAUAACCUCUCAGCAGAAGCUAGCCAUGGAAAGAAACUUCCAUCUGCAGUUGUUGUUGGCACUGUCUUCUGUGACACAUGUUUCCAAGAGGCUUUCUCAAGGAACAGUCACUUCAUUUCAGAUGCAUCUGUUGCGGUAGAAUGCAAAGAUGAGGAAUCAAGGCCAGGUUUUCGAGAAGAAGUGAAAACAGAUGAGCACGGGGAAUUCGAAGUUCAUUUGCCUUUCUCAGUGAGCAAACAUGUAAAGAAAAUCAAGGGAUGUUCGGUGAAGUUACUGAGCAGCAGUGAGCCUUUUUGUGCUGUGGCAUCAUCAGCAACUUCAUCAUCGCUCCAUCUCAAGUCAAGAAAGCAAGGAACACAUAUAUUUUCAGCUGGUUUUUUCACUUUCAAGCCUGAAAAACAGCCAAUCUUAUGCAAUCAAAAACCAAGUAUUGAAAAUUCCGGGGAAUUCAGUUCCAGAAAAGCCUCUCUACCUUCUAUUGAUAACCCAACAGUCCUACCUCCACUUCAAGACCCAACAACACCUUAUCUCCCUCCUUUGAACCAGAACUAUCUUCCUCCUCUUCCUGUACUUCCAAAAUUGCCACCAUUACCACAACUCCCUCCUCUUCCACCUCUUCCAGGACUACCUUUACUUCCACCUAUUCCAGGAAAUACCAAAAAGACCAAAACUUCAGAAUCUUUUGAAAGCACAACAUUACCAGAUCAGAAAGCAGUGCACCAUCCUAAUCAGUUUUCCUUUCCAACACCACCACUUUUUCCGCCGAACACUUUUCAGCUUCCUCCACUAUUUCCUCCUAACCCAAUCCAACCUCCUCCAUCACCAUUGUUUCCAUUCCCACCAAUCCCUGGCCUAACUCCCCCUCCUCAUCCUCCUCCACUAUUUCCUCCUAACCCAAUCCAGCCUCCUCCAUCACCAUUGUUUCCAUUCCCACCAAUCCCUGGCCUAACUCCUCCUCCUCAUCCUCCUCCACUAUUUCCUCCUAACCCAAUCCAGCCUCCUCCAUCACCAUUGUUUCCAUUCCCACCAAUCCCUGGCCUAACUCCUCCUCCUCAUCCUCCUCCACCACCACCUCCCUUCUCGCUUAUUCCUCCUUUACCUCCUCUCCCCCAUUUACCUCCUCUCAUCCCAGGAAUCCCCCCAGCCUCUUCAUCUUCACAGAAAACUUAUCCUUGACGGAAUACUAUCUAGCUAUAGCACUGUAUAACUUCCAAUAAUAGCUAUGUCUUUUAAAACCAAAAUUUACUUGUUCUUUAUUAUUUUUCUUUCUGGUGGAGUUCUGUUUAUUUAGUAGCAAGUAUUGUAUUUCUCUUCUAUUGUCAAUAAAUGAUCACAAAAAUUAUUGUACUAUAA